AGUGUGAAUCCAAUAGUCCAUGGUGAGAAGUAUUUAAAAUUUUCUUGGUCAUUUAAAGCAUUAUAUAAUAAUAGCUCUAGUUUCGGAAGAUGGCAUCACAAAUUUCAAAAGGACCACUAUUUCGAAUUGCAAGAGGUUACACCCAACUAGCUCCGAUUGGGGGAGUAAUUAAUUACGAUCUAAAGUCCACCGUAUUGCCAAAUAGGGUGGUCGUAGUUUCAGGUGAAAACGAUUCCGCCAUCGCUAGAGUCUCAAUCAUUUUCAGGGCAGGAGCUCGCAAUGAGACCGCUGAUAAUUUAGGCGUCUCGCAUGUAUUACGAUCCAGUGCCGGAUUAUCGACACGAAAUGCAACUCAAUUUGCUAUUACUCGCCACAUCCAACAAGUUGGAGCGAGUUUAACUGCAACCUCUGAUCGUGAAACAAUCACUUAUACCUUAGAAGGUUUAAGGCAAGCUGUGGAGGCAGUGUUGCCUUUUCUUACUGAAGUUGCAACUCAACAAGUGUUUAAAUUUUGGGAAGUGUCUGAUUUAUCACAUCGUCUUAAGUUGGAUAUUGCCGUUCGGCCACUACAACUAAGGGCAAUCGAUUUGCUCCAUAAAGCAGCAUUUCGCACUGGCCUAGGCAACUCUCUUUUCAUUCCUAAAUUCAACAUUGGUAAAAUUUCAACAGAAACUCUCCAACAUUAUGUGGCGAGUAACUUUGUUUCUGGAAGGGCGGCAGUUGUAGGUUUAGGAUUCAGUAGUUCUAAAACCUUGGAGUUGGCCCAGUCACUAAAUGUGGAAACUGGAGAUGGUACCACUGUAGCCUCGCCAUACAAAGGCGGAGAAGUUAGGUCGGAUAAAGGUGGAGAGUUUGCCUAUGUCGCUAUUGCGGGUGAAGGUGCAUCUCUUAAAAACACCAAAGAAGCAGUUGCCGCAGCUGUUUUCCAGAGAGCCCUUGGAGUUGGUCCUCAGAUAAAAUGGGGUGUAAGAGACAACGGUCUGCUCAGCCGAAGCGUCGACGCGUGCGGCGAUUUCGCCUCGUCAGCGAUAAACGCCAAUUACUCUGACACGGGACUGGUCGGAGUCCUGCUGGUCGCACCCGCCGCCUCCGCGGGCAAAGUCGUAGAGGGCGCCGUGAAAGUAUUGAAGAAUCCAAAGUUGACCGACGCAGACGUUAACCGCGGCAAGGCCCAAUUGAAGGCGGCGGUCCUAUCAGACUUCGAGAAUGGUUCCAAAGCCGUCCAGUUAAUAGGAUCGCAAGCUGCACUCACGGGUGGCGCACUAUCACCUGUGCAGAUAGCUGCCGAAAUCGACUCGAUCACCACUACUGACGUUUCCAACGUCGCGCAAAAAGCAGGACGCAAACUUACUUUUGCAUCCGUCGGCAAUCUGUCACACGUACCCUAUGCAGAUGACCUCAAAUAAAAGAGUCAACCGACAUAAAGUGUAAAUUAUAAAAUCUAAUUUUUAUCUGUGUUAUUGAUUCGUUAUAAACUCCGUGUUGGCAAAUUUGAAAAUAAAGUUU